GUCUCCUGUUAUACCCCCUAGUUUUAGAUGGCUUCCAUCCAGUGCCUUAACCCUAAGGCUGAACUUGCCCGUCAUGCUGCAGCUUUGGAGCUGAACAUAAGCGGUGCGAGAGGUCUUCAGGAGGUGAUGCGCACAAAUCUCGGACCAAAGGGUACUCUGAAGAUGCUGGUGUCUGGCUCGGGAGAUAUCAAGCUUACCAAGGAUGGUAAUGUGCUGCUCCAUGAAAUGUCCAUCCAGCAUCCUACGGCUUCCAUGAUCGCCAAAGCUUCAACGGCGCAAGAUGACGUGACUGGAGAUGGAACUACUUCUACGGUUCUUCUCAUUGGAGAAUUACUUAAGCAGGCAGAAACAUACGUUUUGGAGGGUGUUCACCCUCGCCUCAUCACCGAAGGGUUUGAAUGGGCUAACUCUCGCACUCUGGAACUGCUGGAGAAGUUCAAACAAGAGGUUACCAUCGAUCGCAGUACCUUGAUCGAGGUUGCCCGUACAUCACUGCGUACUAAACUCCAUCAUAAACUUGCAGAUCAUAUUACAGAAUGUGUUGUCGAUGCCGUGCUUGCAAUUCGUCAAGGCGACCAAGAGCCUGAUCUCCACAUGAUUGAGAAAAUGGAAAUGCAUCAUGAGAGUGACAUGGAUACGACUCUGAUACGUGGUUUGGUUCUCGAUCACGGAGCCCGCCAUCCUGACAUGCCGAAGCAUGUAGAAAAUGCCUAUGUGCUGACUUGCAAUGUGUCGUUGGAGUACGAGAAAACCGAGGUCAAUUCCGGACUCUUUUACAAAACUGCUGCUGAGCGUGAAAAGCUACUAGCUGCGGAGAGGGAGUUUAUAACGAGACGAGUACUAAAGAUAAUCGAUCUUAAGAAGAAGGUUUGCAAGGACGGCGACAAUAAGGGCUUUGUUGUCAUCAAUCAAAAGGGAAUUGAUCCUCCUUCUCUCGAUCUGUUGGCGGCAGAAGGAAUCCUUGCUCUUCGACGCGCCAAACGACGUAACAUGGAAAGGCUGCAGUUGGCGUGUGGCGGAGAGGCAGUCAAUUCUGUUGAUGAUCUCACUCCUGAAGUUCUGGGAUACGCUGGACUGAUCUAUGAGCACACACUGGGCGAGGACAAGUACACAUUUGUUGAAAACUGUCGUGAUCCGAAGUCUGUCACGCUUUUGAUCAAGGGACCCAACAAGCACACCAUCCAACAAAUAAAAGAUGCAUUGCAUGAUGGAAUGAGAGCCGUAUUCAAUACGAUCAUAGACAAAAGUCUUGUUCCUGGAGCUGGAGCUUUUGAGGUUGCAGCUUACUGCAUGCUUAAGAAAGAGAUGGAAUCUUUGAAAGGGCGAGUCAAGCUCGGGGCUCUGGCCUACGCUAAUGCUUUACUAGUCAUUCCAAAAACGCUUGCUAUGAACUCUGGCUAUGAUGCUCAGGAAACUAUUGUGAAGUUGGUGGAAGAGCGUGAGGCUAAUCCUGAAAUCCCUGUGGGAAUCGAUCUCGAUAGUGGUGAAGCUGCUCAGCCUGUGGGAAUCUGGGAUAACGUUAUCGUGAAGAAGAACAGUUUGGCUUCAUCUGCUGUGAUUGCUUGCAAUCUCCUCCUCGUCGAUGAAGUUAUGCGCGCUGGCAUGACUAAUUUGAAGACAAAUCAGCAAGAACAAUUCGACGCUAUGUUAAUAAGGUCUAUGUAUGAUUUGAACGUUAAUGGGAACAUUUAA